GGUUGUUUGCUUACGCAAAUGGACGGUCCUUCGCUCCCUUUCUAGCCGCCGCCGAAAGGGUCCCUGCUGGCGCGUCGCAGCGCCGUUAACUGUGUGUGUCCUGCUCUGGCCGCAGAGAGUGGGCCGCUGCUUGGUUCGCCUUGGCCGCAGGACUUGUUUUUUGUUGUACCACAAGCGAGUUUGGCUUGGCCCCGAUUAAAACAAACGUGUCUUUGUGCCCAAAGCCCAGGUCCCUCGUCGCAGUGCAACGAUGUCUACUCCGGACGGCCAGAGCCCAUAACAGUUGCAGGCUGCACAGAGGAGUGACUCCGUCAGGAGUUUUUGGGAAGUCCAGUAUAUAUUUUUUUUGGUGGUACACCGAGGUGGUGCACAGGUGCAGGUGCUCCGCCCUAUUUUGAGCCCUUCUGCAGGCUGACACACAAAUCAGAGAAAAGAGGAGCAGGAGCUCGCCCGAACCAGUGCAGGAAUGUGAAUCGAGGAUACGCCAACGGAAUGAAUACAUAAAUCCCAGUACAUCAGCCAGCUUUCCCGCUUCGCCACUGCCUCUUCGAAACAGAAAAGAAAUCAUAAAAAACAAAUAAAAUCAAAAGGAUACAGCAGGAUACAGAGUCUACCGGAAUGAGGGUGGGAUCGGAUGCUGGCUACGAUGGCCACGACUACGGAGCCGACGACUCCAUGGGCAUCUCCCACCUGGAUUGGCCCUUCCUCAUCAAGGGCAUCCUGGAGGGCCAGACAUGCACCCCCACGGCCCCGGAGCCCCUGGCCGCCGUCCUCUGGGCCAUAUUCGCGGUGUUCGGAAUAGUCUACGCCCUGCUGGGCUACCGCUGCCUGCGUGCCGUGGGCUUCCUCAGUGGCCUGAUGGUCGGCGCCAACGGCAUCUUCAUCCUGCAGGAUUUCCAGAUCACGUUCCUGGGCAAGCCGGCGGACUCGGCUCUGGCCAUUGUGGCGGGUCUGUUGGGCGCCGUGCUGGGCUCCACCUACCCGGUGGCCUCCGUCCUGAUUAGCGCCUUUGCCGGGGCCCUGCUGUCCGGAGCAGCGAUGGCCGUGUGCGUGGCCACCAUGCCGGACAACGAGUUUGGGUACCGUGAGAUCUACGUGGCUGUGGUGGGGGGAGCUGUCAUCUGCUCCGUGCUGACCCUUUGCUGCGUCAAGUACGUGACCAUCCUCACCUCCAGUAUCGUGGGCACAGCCAUGAUCAUCGGAGCCAUUGAUUUCUUCAUGCACGGCCUGGAGACAAUCAAUUGGAUCCUCAGCAUGCGACCGCAUCCGUCGCCACCGCCCUGUUACGGCGGACUCCUGAUCGCCGCCUGGCCCGUCACCAUUGUGUUGAGCAUCAUGGUCCAGUGCUUCAUCACCGCCUGGCGUGUGGACCACAGGAAGCGCGUCUACAUGCGGCAUCACAACCAUCCGGGCCACAGCCACGCCGCCCACCAGCCGCACGGCCAGCAGCCGGCGGGGCCCACCCACGCCCAUGCCCCCGUGCGUCGUUCGCAGUCCCGCACCCGGGAAACCCGAGAGGAGGCCAGGCAGCGCAAGUUCCGCUACCUCUACCAGGUGCGCACGGCCCGUGGGGACAUCAUAUCGCAGAACUUCGUGUCUGCCCUGCAGAAGCGCAUCCAACUGAGUGGCACCGAGACGCCGUCGGAGCGCUCCAUCAAGAGCAGCUCCAACGAGCGGAACACCUUCCGCAGCGACCGCACCCACUUCACCACCAUCCACGACCCGGACUCGGAGCUGUGCGACAAGAUCGAGAUCGUCCGUGACAUUGGAUAACAAACAAGCAAUAGCUACAUGUAACUAUACCCGUAAGGGGGCUACGGGCUGCGGUACUUGGGCACGGAUGGGUCUCUUAUGGGUCGGGGGGCAUAGGUUUUAGGACUUGAAGGAAAUUCUGGAGGUCUGACAAGUACGGUUGCAUGUAGAAAUUGUAGGAACCAGGCACAAAGUGCCGGAGAAGGAGGAAAGUGGCAGGGUGGAUGAGAUGUGGAGAAGUGGAAGCUUUAAAUAUCGGCAGAUAUAUGCAUUUUGGAGCUGGAGUUUGGAAGAGCAGGUGGAGUAAUGGUAGUCUGUAAGAUGUGUGCACAGUUAGGAGUUCUAGCUUAGGAUCUAAGGCGAUUUCGUUCUCCUCUCACAUACUCGAAUGUUACUAAAUAUACGCAAGAAAAAGAAAACAUUUAACACUAAAAUCAACUUAUUAUAGGCCACUUACACUAAUUAUGAAUAUAUAUCUUGGGUGUGCAGGAUCUAAGAGUCUAAGAAUCUAACCUCUAAGUUGACUUCCGGGAGUGAUUACAUUGAAUUCCUUGAAAACAGAAACCACUAUACAGAAUACUAGUUACGCUUCUACCACUAAAGUAUAUAGAAAGGCAGCCGCAAUUACUAAUCAGUUCAUAUCUGUGUUAUAAUUAUACGAUACAUGUGUCAGUGGCGGGUUCUAGGCCCGCGUUUCGUUCCAUUUCCACUAUCAGAUAGGCCUAAGCAUUGCGUUAAAGCUCUAUUAUACCAAUAACAUACCUACUAAGUACAAUAAACAGAAAACCAGAGGAGUUGGGAAGGAGUAGCUUUACUUCUCCCCCAUAAUAACUGCAUUUGAAUUUUAAAAGUGUACAGUACAGUCGGAGCUAUGGCCGGCUAGGUUUAGAUUAGCGUUAGCACUCGAUAAGCCAAAAGCUAAAAAAAAAGUAAAGUUCACACAACAAGUUAAUUGCAUAAUCAGAAACCGGAAACCGGAAACCGGAAACAACAAGGAUCCGCUCUAUCAGCCGUCUUAUCAAGCACUCUCAGCCCAACUGCUGGGACAGAUCUACAUAUAUGUCUAUACGGAUAUAUGUACAUAUAUUUAUUUUAAGCUCCAAGACCCUUGCAAACUGCGGUACAAAAUCGAAUGAAUUCCAAACCAUAAUGAUUCAUGCGUCAAGGCAUUUAAAGUUUAGUGAUAAAUAAAAUAUAAUACAACAGAAUUCUAGAGCCUUAAGGAGGAUGGGACAUUGCGCUUAAGCACUUUUUUCUGAAUUCAAAAAGAUACAUUUUACAACAAACUGUUUUCGUUUUCCUGUUUUCUGUUGAAGAUUCAGUUUCUAGUAGUUUCUAGUAAUUGCUGCCGUCCGCAAUUGUUGAUUUGAAACUAACUCACCCAUAAGUUGUUGUUUCCCCUCCAAGCCUCUUGAUUUAAUCGGUUGAAUGUUAAAAGUACGGCAGUGUCCUUCCAAAUAGCGAAUUUUCGGCUCAGCAUUUAAUGGAAUUCUUGUCAGACAAGGGCUCAACAAAUUCAAUUUAACAAAAAUACAUAUUCUGCGUAAGGAUAAUAACUGCAUCUAAAGUAGAAAGUCUCACAAGAAUCUUAAAGAAAGGCAUAUAAACUAUAUAUGUAUACACUGAUAAAAAAAGCUAUUAACAAACCUAUUAAGGGCUACAGCGAAGGCCAAAGAAAUUUAAUAAAUUGUGUUCUGGACAGACGUUCUAGGGCUUCGAUUCUAAAAUCGAAACUCAAAACAGUCUCCAGCGUUAAAAAAAAUAUAAAAAGAAUUAAUAAAAUUGUAACAUUUAAAGGAUAUAUUAAAUAAACGAUGCAGGCCAA